AUCAGUGAUUAAAAGUCCGUUGUUAGAUGUACGUUUAAAUAAGUAACUUUGUCGCGAAAUUUUUCGGAAUUUUCAGUUACUGCAGUUAAAUCUGUGAAAUAUUUUAAUAGAGAACGAAGAACAACAAUAAUGAAUAAGAUAAAAAAUUUGAAGCAACAUCAAAGAUCAGUUCAUGAACGACUAAAAGACUACGUUUGCAAUGAGUGCCAUCGAGCAUUUACUCAGAAGACCAACUUGAUUAGACACCAGAGAGCAGUCCACGCAGGACGAAAAGACUACGAAUGCGAAGUGUGCCAAAAAAAGUUUGCCUCAAAUCAGAGCUUGAGAAAUCAUCAAAAAUCAGUUCACGCAGGACGAAAAGACUACGAAUGCGAAGUGUGCCAAAAAAAGUUUGCAACAAAUCAGAACUUGAGAAAUCAUCAAAAAUCAGUUCACGAAGGACGAAAGGACUACGAGUGCGACAUGUGCCGUAAAAAAUUUUCAGCGCGAAGCAAUCUGAAUAUACACAAGAAAAUAAUUCACAAAGGACUAAGAGACUCCGAAUGCGACGUGUGCCACAAAGUAUUUUAUCAGUCGAGCAAUUUGAAGCAACAUCAAAGAUCAGUUCAUGAAGGACGAAGAGAUUACGUUUGCAAUGAGUGCCAACGAGCAUUUACUCAGAACAUAAACUUGAUAAGACACCACAGAAUUGUUCACGAAGGACGACGGCACUACGAGUGCGAAGUGUGCCACAAAGUAUUUCAUCAGUCGAGCAAUUUGAAGCAACAUCAAAGAUCAGUUCAUGAAGGACGAAGAGAUUACGUUUGCAAUGAGUGCCAACGAGCAUUUACUCAGAAGAUCAACUUGAUUAGACAUUACAGAACAAUUCACGAAGGACUAAGAGAUUAUGAAGAUGACGUGUGUCAAAAAGCAUUUACAAGAAAAUCAAUUUUAAAACGACACCUUAAAUCAGUUCAUGAACGACUAAAAGACUACGUAUGCAAUUUGUGUCAAAUAGUAUUUUCUUGUUCGGACAAUUUGAAGGAACACCAAAAAUCAGUUCAUGAAGGACGAAGAGACUACUAUUGCAAAUUGUGUCCAAAAGCGUUUACGCAGAAGAUCCACUUGAUAAGACACCAGAGAACAGUCCACCCAGGACGAAAAGACUUGGAAUGCAACGUGAAUCAGAAAUUUUCAAACCCAGUUAAUGGAGAGGAACCCCAAAAAGUAGUACAUGAAGAGCAAAUAAAGUAUGUUCCAGAAGUAUGUAUGACAAAAGAUAACUUGACUAACCACAAAACAACUGAUCACGACGAACAAAGAUACUUUGAAUUGCAUAAUGUAUUUCGAAAAAAAUUUUAUAAAAGUCAAAAAGGCUAUGUCAGCGACGUUGUGUUAAAAAGCGAUGAAUCCAAUCUUCAGUAUUUACAUUUUAAUAGAGAUCGAAAAACAACACUAAUGGAUAAGAUUAAAGAAAAUGACUACACUUGCGACUUGUGGGCAGGAACAUUUGAAAGAGAAAGUCCUUCGUCUACAAAAAUAAAAUCGGUCCACCGAGGACGAAAAAAUUAUUUCAUAGAUGUCAGCAAAAAGACAAGAGCGUUAGUUAUUGACGAAGGAAAAAAAGUAAUUCAGGCAAGACGAGUGGACUACGAGUGUGACGUUUGUCAAAAAACGUUUUCACGAAAAAUUAAUAUGACGGAACACAAAAAAACAAUUCACGAAGGAAGAAAGGAUUACGAAUGCGCCGUGUGUCAGCAAACAUUUACGAAGCAGAACAGCUUGAAAAGACAUCAAAUAACAAUUCACGAAGGACGAAAGGACUACGAAUGCUACAUAUGCCAAAAAGCAUUUUCAACAAUAUUCAUGUUAAAACGACACCACAAAAUAUUGCACGAAGGACGAAAGGACUACGAAUGCUACAUAUGCCAAAAAGCAUUUUCAACAAAAUCAAUUUUAAAACGACACCUUAAAUCAGUUCACGAACGACUAAAAGACUACGUAUGCAAUGUGUGUCAAAAAGUAUUUUCUCGUCUGGACAAUUUAAAGGAACAUCAAAGGUCAGUUCAUGAAGUACGAAGAGACUACUAUUGCAAAUUGUGUCCAAAAGCGUUUACGCAGAAGAUCCACUUGAUUAGACACCAGAGAGCAGUCCACGCAGGACGAAAAGACUGCGUAGGCAACGAGUGUCAGAAAACGUUUUCUCAAUGGCACAGUUUGAAGCAUCACCGUAGAACAGAUCAUGAUGAAGAAAAGAACUACAAGUGCGACGUGUGUCAAGAAGCAUUUGCAUAUCAGAAUAACUUGACGAGACACCGAAAAAUUCACGAAGAACGAAACGACUUUGAGUGCAACCCGAGCCAGAAAUUAUUUUUUGGGCAGGAUAAUGAAAAGAAACACGAAGAACUAGUUCUUGAAGAACAUAAAAAAUAUGUUCCAGAAGUAUGUACGGCAAAAGAUAACUCAACCAACCAAAAAAUAACUAAUCACAACGAACAACGAUAUUUCGAAGUACAUAAUGUAUUUCGAAAAAAAUUUUAUAAAGGCCAAAAAGGCUAUGUCAGCGAUAUUAUGUCAAUGAACAACUAGUCUUAAUUCGAGGCAUGAUUUAAAUAAAUGUGCUGAAUCUCAAAAGAUAUUUAAAUAGAGACUAAGUA